AUGAGGGCUGUUAUUCAACGUGUAACUUCCGCAUCAGUUACCGUCGAUGAAAAAGUAAUCUCUCAAAUUGGACAAGGACUCUGCGUUCUGAUAGGCAUUUCCCGAGAUGAUACAGAAGCGGACAGCGACUGGAUAUGCAAUAAAAUCCUUAAGUUGACGCUAUUCGACAAUACUGAAACUGGUAAACGCUGGUCUUCCAGUGUUACUUCGCGGGACUUUGAAGUUCUUUGCAUUUCCCAGUUCACUCUUUUUGCAACAUUGAAAGGCAACAAACCAGAUUUUCACUUAGCCAUGGAGCCGGUCGCUUCGAAAGCACUGUACCAGGGUCUUUUAAAGAAGUUACGCUCACAGUAUUCUCCGGAUCGUAUUCACGACGGACAGUUCGGCGCAUAUAUGAAAAUCAAGAUCGAAAAUGACGGACCAGUGACAGUUAAUAUUGAAUCACCAAAUAUCACUCCAAAAGUAAAUAAGCGCGAUUGCAAACUGAAUCAACCAUGUCCAGAGGAUUCUAAUAAAACCGAUUAA